ACACACAACCAGCUACACAACCAGCUAACCAGACACACAACCAGACACACAACCAGCUAACCAGACACACAACCAGACACACAACCAGCUACACAACCAGCUAACCAGACACACAACCAGACACACAACCAGACACACAACCAGCUAACCAGACACACAACCAGACACACAACCAGCUACACAACCAGCUAACCAGACACACAACCAGACACACAACCAGCUAACCAGACACACAACCAGACACACAACCAGCUACACCACCAGCUAACCGGACUCCCAGCAGCACCAGUCAGAGCUUGUCUGGCUGCUUCCUGCUUCACUUUCAGGGACUGUUGGCCACUUGGUGGGACGCCAUGAAUCCUGAGUAUGACUACCUUUUCAAGCUUCUGCUCAUUGGUGACUCUGGAGUUGGGAAGUCUUGUCUGCUGCUUCGCUUCGCGGACGACACCUACACUGAGAGCUACAUCUCCACCAUCGGAGUCGACUUCAAGAUCAGGACCAUCGACAUGGAUGGGAAGAUGGUGAAACUACAGAUCUGGGACACGGCAGGUCAGGAGAGGUUUCGAACCAUCACCUCCAGCUACUACAGAGGAGCUCACGGGAUCGUCAUCGUGUACGACGUCACUGAGCAGGAGUCCUUCAACAAUGUGAAGCAGUGGCUGGAUGAGAUCGACCGCUACGCCUGUGAAAACGUCUCCCGGCUGCUGGUUGGAAACAAGUCUGACCUCGUUAGUAAGAAAGCGGUGGACGCUGCUACCGCCCAGGACCUGGCCUCCUCUCUGAAGAUCCCCUUCCUGGAGACCAGCGCUAAGAGCUCCGAUAACGUGGAGAGGGCCUUCCUCACCAUGGCCUCCGAGAUCCACAAGCGUCUGGCCAGCGAGGGAGGAGGCAUGCAGGGCGAUCCGAUGGACGGCAGGGCUCAGAACACCAAGAUCAACAGCGCCCCCCUGUGGCUAGGAGGAGACAAACAAACUCAGGAAUCCAGCAACUGCUGCUGAGGAGGAGCCCUGACUACCUGGUUAUCCUUCUCAAGAUCUACUAAUCCUCCAACCAGAACCUCCUCAGAACAUCUGGUUCUUCAUCUCCAGUAACUUCAUCAGUGAUCGGAGUUCUACCUUCAUCCUGGGAAUAUUUCCAGAGUUCCAAAGAGGAGGGUCCAGAUUUAUCACUUUCUAAUGGACUUUUUCAGAACUUCAUCGGUCCAGCAGAUAGAACCAGGACAAUUAGGAGGAAAAACACAUCUGAGUUCUGGUAAAAAAAAAAAAAUUGUAAUGAAAAUAACUAAAAAAGCUGAAAAAUUACCACAGAAAGAGAACAAAACACCAAAAAGGGCCAAAAUGACCACAACGGAACACAAAAUCAGCACAAAAAGACCAAAAAUCACUACAAAAAACCAAAAUGACCACAAAAAGAUGCAAAAUAACCACAAAAAGGCCAAAACUACCACAAAUAGAUGCAAAACCAGCACAAAAAAAGCACAAUUUCGACAAAAAGACACAAAAUAACCACAAAAACAGACCAAAUCACAAAAAUGGACAAAACUACCACAAAAUGACCCUAAAUCACUACAAAAAUAGGUGAAUAUACCACAAAAUGACAAGCAAAAACACCCCAGACUCAAAAUCUCCACAAAAAGAGUCAAAAUUACCCCAAAGAACACACACCAUGAUGCUGCCACCACCAUGCUGAAAAAAAAUGGAGAAUCCGCAUUGGUGUUCACAUGUUUCAUAUCAAUGUUUGGACGAAUCACAGUGAUCAAUGCUAUUAUCAAAGUUUUGUCUUGUGACUUAAAAAGUGAUAAAUCUGGACCCACCGCUAUGGACUUCAAAGACCUGGAAUGUUCUAAGUGAGACUAAAGACUGGAAGCAGGAAAGGAGAACGUCCUCUGGAGAAAGUUCUAGA